AUGCACCCGCUUGAUUGUUUACAUUUCAGGGAUAUAACGUUAGAAAAACAUUGGAAAUCGGUGCUUCACCGGUCGAUAUGCGAUUAUUUCUUCGAAUCCAUGCAACAGGCUGCGAAUCCCGAGGAUGUGCCCCCGAUUCUCUCAACUCCUCAUUACUACUUGAUCACUAUAUAUCGAUUCCAGAUGUAUUUUGUGGCCGUGGUUGCAGUGGAGGCUCCUCCUCUGUUGGUUAUCGAAUUUCUGCACCGAGUUGUGGAUACGUUUGUGGACUACUUUGAAGAUUGUACCGAUUCAAUCAUCAAAGAAAAUUAUGUUACGAUAUACGAGCUACUGGAUGAGAUGCUUGACAACGGCUUCCCACUGGCAACCGAGUCGAAUAUCCUUCAGGAGUUGAUUAAACCGUCAAAUUUUUUCCGUACCCUUGCGAACACUGUUACUGGCAAAACUAAUCUCAGCGAAACGCUACCCAUUGGUCAGUUGUCGAACAUACCAUGGCGAAGAAUGGGCGUUAGAUAUACGAGCAACGAAGCUUACUUUGAUGUCAUAGAAGAAAUCGACGCAAUCAUCGACAAGACGGGAACAACGGUUUUCGCUGAAAUACAGGGCUACAUUGAUUGUUUCACGAAGCUCAGUGGAAUGCCAGAUCUGACAUUAAGUUUCACGAAUCCACGGUUAUUUGAUGAUGUCAGCUUUCACCCAUGCGUUCGUUUCAAGCGCUGGGAGGUAUUUUUGUGCCUGUCGAUGGCGAAUGUGAAUGAACGGCUGUUAUCUUUCAUUCCGCCUGAUGGUCACUUUCGUCUCAUGUCCUACCACAUCGGUUCUCAAAGUUUGGUAGCGAUACCUGCGACUGUGCGGCAUUCCAUCACUUUCAAACAGAACCAAGGUGGCUCACUUGAUGUAUCUGUUGGACCGAAGCAAAAUAUGGGCAAAACGCUUGAAGACGUCUCCGUAGAUAUCAUGCUGCCUAAAUGUGUCAUCAACUGCAAUCUGGUACCUACGCAAGGCAAAUAUUCGUACGACCCGGUGACGAAUGUGCUGACAUGGGAGGUGGGUAAGAUCGAAAAUGUUCGACAGCCGAGCAUUCGAGGAAAUAUCACCAUACAAGGUACCGAGCCUCUUUUAGACGUUCAGUUCAAAAUUCCGCAGCUAACUGUUUCCGGUCUGAAGGUCAGUCGAUUGGACAUGUACGAUGAGAAAUACAAGCCUUUCAAGGGAGUUAAAUAUUUAACGAAGGCUGGAAAGUUCCAAGUUCGAACAUAG